ACACGAUAAACAGCUGCAAAAACACAGCAGUCUUCGUGGUAACAGAUCUGAGCAAGGAACACACUGAUCAGCAUGCCUGAGUAGGAACCUGAGCUUCUGCAUGUGCCACACGUCAUCCACGUACAUUGGCGUGCUGAAGGUAGAUAGACUUGGAAUUUACUCGUUAUUGUGAGAGGAGUUUAACUACUUGUGCGGAAUAUCUUUUCUGGGGGAACAUUUUUCAUACAAGAAUUGAAAAAGCCACAGAAGACAUUUCAAAUUAGCAAGAAACCAAAGACCAUGGGGACCUGCCCCACCAGAUGCCAAUCCAACCUGACAAUCCUUGAAAACCCAGACGAGUUAGCAGCCAACCAGGAACCCUUGACUGUGUCGCUUGUUGAUUACCCAUCAUUUGGAAAUACAGAACUGACCAUGUGCAUCGGGGAAAGACUACAUGUCACAUCAGAUGAUGGGGACUUCAUAAUGGUGAGAUCCACAACGACGGGCCACGAGAGCUACGUCCCCAACUACUACACAGCCAAAGUUACACACAGGUGGCUGUUUACGGGCAUCAGCAGGUAUAAAGCAGUGGAGCUGCUCAUGCGUCCCAAUAACCAGACUGGAGCCUUCUUGAUCCGAGAGUCAGAGACAAGCAAAGAUUCCUACUCGCUAUCUGUCCUGAUGAGAACCAAUUUUUCGUACCAGGACUGCGUGAAGCACUACCGCAUUUAUACCCUCCCAAAUGGCUGGGUCUAUAUAUCUCCAAGCCUUACCUUCCCCUCCCUGCAUUGCAUGGUGGAACACUAUUCAGAGCUUGCAGAUGGAUUGUGCUGUCGGCUGAUGAUGCCUUGCUUCAUCCAGGGUUUAGAUGUCACUGGAGAGGCCAGGCCUAUUCCAACAACGACCAGGAGGCCUACCAUCAAAUGGAAGGACAUUAGCAGAUCGAUGAUCCUAAGGAGGAAGAGAUUAGAGUCAGACCACUCUCUGGUGAGUGAGGGGCUCAGGGAGGCCAUUUACUCCUACCUCCAAAUGACCGAGGCUGGCGAGAACAACUGCUGGGACACUUGAGGAAAGAAGACAGUGGACUGAGACGCUGCAAUUCCUCGGCUACGGCUUGGGCAUCCCACUGGAAGAGGCCGUCCGCCCGCCCAAAUGCAGUCUUUGAAGGCUGCCCUGGAAUAGCAUAGGGCUGAGACACUACACUGUGUGGAGAUAAUGAAGUACUGCAAACUGUGUGAGCUGGAGGACUGUUUCUAUGUACCCGUGUCCUAAGAGGCAUACAGAGGAGCUGUGAGAAAUCGGUUCUCGUUUGCUCUUAAAUGUUGAAUGUAUCUCUUAAUUUAUCAACUAAUGUGUACAUGCAGAUUGGAUGUAAUAUUGUGUGUUAAUAUUACUAGAAUAUGAUUGUGCUAUUGGAAUCCAAUAAAAUGUACCAGCUGUGUAAUAAAUGUGCAACAUAUUAAAAAAAAUAUAAGCACGCAAAAUAUAA